AAUCCAACAAUGCUGACACCUGACAUUCUUUAAACAACUACCAUCACAAACACAUUAAUAUCUCAGUCCUACACUAUCCCGAUCAUUUUCAAAUAGCGUUAUAUUUUAAGGAAAAAGGUUUUCUUAUAAACACUGUUGUAGUACAUGGUGAUCAGUAUGAUCAGGUGUAUCAUCUGGUGUGUGGUCUCUUAAGCGCAGCACAAAUGUGCGGCAUGAUCCUUCUGUGACACGAUUGAUCAUUUACCGGCUAUUGGGAAAGUAGCCCAGAACCUUGUAGCCACUGUUAGCGAAGACAAGACGUGCUUCCUCACGCUUUAAACAAAAUGGAGAAGCAGUUAACAGGCACACUGGCUCUGGCUGUGUUCACAGCAGCUCUUGGUUCUCUGCAGAUAGGAUACAGUUUGGGAGUCAUCAAUGCACCACAGAAGGUCAUUGAGAGGCACUAUGCUAGAUCUCUAGGUGUCUACAAUGAAGACCUGACUCGCACUGACGGAGCUAACAAUGCGACACUUGAAGAUUCAACCCAUCCUUCGGUUGUCAUGUACUGGUCUUUAUCAGUGGCCUCGUUCUCCAUCGGAGGCAUGCUGUCAUCCUUUCUAGUGGGCUUUGUUAGCGACUUCCGGGGAAGGAUCAAAGGUAUGCUGGGUACAAAUGUCCUGGCCAUAACUGCAGGGUUGCUCAUGGGUCUGGCUAAGAUGGGCACACCUCACCUCAUGGUGAUAGCAGGACGUGCUGUCAUGGGACUGUAUUGUGGAUUGGCAUCUGGCUUGGUGCCCAUGUACAUUGGAGAGAUUUCCCCAGUGAAGUAUCGGGGGGCUUUGGGAACCCUCCACCAGCUGGCUCUUGUAACUGGCAUCCUUAUUAGCCAAGUCAUUGGUCUAGAUUUUCUGCUUGGAAAUGAUGACAUGUGGCCAGUGUUGCUGGGUCUAUCUGGAGCUCCGGCCAUCCUGCAGAGUUUAAUGUUGUUUCUGUGUCCCGAGAGCCCGCGUUACCUCUACAUCAAAGUAGGCGAAAAGGAAGAGGCAUGCAAGAGUCUGAGAAGGUUAAAAGGUGAUUACGACAUGACAAAGGACAUCUCAGAGAUGCAGGCAGAGAAGGAAGAAGCCAUGAAAGAAGCCAAAAUGUCCAUCCUGAGGCUUGUUCGUGCCUCUGUGUAUCGCCAGCAGCUCUUUGUGGCCCUCAUGAUGCAUUUUUCACAGCAGUUCUCAGGGAUUAAUGCUAUCUUUUAUUACUCCACUGCGAUCUUCCAGACAGCGGGGGUCGGUCAGCCCGUAUAUGCCACCAUUGGAGUGGGAGUUAUAAACAUCAUUUUCACCCUCGUUUCGGUGGCUUUAGUGGACAGGGCAGGCAGACGGACUCUCACUCUGGUUGGUUUGGGAGGAAUGUGUUGCUGUACCGUAGCCAUGACGUUGGGGAUGGCUUUACAGGAUGUUUACUCAUGGAUGAGCUACAUCAGUAUGACAGCCAUAUUCCUGUUCGUGUCAUUCUUCGAGAUUGGGCCAGGGCCGAUCCCAUGGUUCUUUGUGGCUGAACUCUUCAGUCAAGGGCCACGUCCAGCGGCCAUCGCUUUAGCCGGCUUCUGUAACUGGACUAGCAAUUUCAUUAUUGGCAUGUUUUUCCCUUAUUUAGAGGAGAUGUGUGGGAGCUACGUCUUCAUAAUCUUCACUGUACUUCUGUUCGGGUUCACUGUUUUUAUCUACUUACGUGUGCCUGAAACAAAGGGGAAGACUUUGGAGGAGAUAGCGGCUGUCUUCCAGCGCAAGCGAGACACUUCCCACUCCAAAGCUCAAGUUGAGACUGAGUUGGAGACGCUUAAGAACUCAACAGAGGCUUAAAGAUGGUCAUUAGCCAAGAUUUACCAGGAAACUGGAAUGAAGAACUUUACUGCUUCUCACACUGAGAGCUCAAUCGUCUGUAAAGAAAUGGCCUAUUGUCACAUCUAAACGCAACAGCAUACACAUGUAGGAAGCAACGUACACAGGGUAGCUCGACUUUUGAGCAUUUGGUGUUGAAUUUAUUGAGACUUCAUUUUAUACAUUAUAAAGUAUAUUGUUUAACUUGUUUAUCUUGCUUAGUUCAACACAUUUUUAAAAGCAAGGUGAUGGUCACAUCUGCAAGUAAUAGUUUUUUUGUGCUAUAGAAUACUUGCAAUGAUUUGAAUUCAAGUGCUCUUUCAACUAUAUAUAUAUUUAUCAUGUAUACAUAUACAGUAGAGCAUAUUGUACCCUUUUUUGCAUAGUAAUGUGAUCUCCAGUUAAAAUUUUGGCAAAGAAGUUUCAAGUUUCAGUUUAAACUGAAAAAAUAUUUAUGUCAACGGAUGCAGAAAUGAGGCUUUGGACUUUUUGCCUUUUUGCCAUUCUAUGUUGCCAAACUGUAUUCUUUUGAAUCUGUCCAAGUAAUAAAUUACCUGUCAAAAUCAAACUAAA